AUGGGAACCAGUGUUAUUUGCAUAUGUCUUUUGUGUAUUUUAAAAAUUGUAUCAACACUAUCCAUAUCAGAAGAUAGUUUUUUGGAAAAUCCAAUUAUAGAAGAUGAUAACAUAUGUGUAUCGGAGGGUUGUGUUCGUUCAGCAGCGUCCAUAUUAGCUAAUGUGGAUAAAUCUAUUAAUCCUUGUGACGAUUUCUAUAAAUUUGCAUGUGGAAAAUUUACAACCGAUGCCAAGGUGGAUGAUGAUAAAUUAGCACAAACUACUUAUAGUGCAGUCAAUAAUGUUGUUAUAGAUAAAGUACGACGUGUUUUAGAACAGCCUAUUCAAAAUGACGAACCUAGACAUUCAAAACUAGCUAAGCAAAUGUUUGCUUGUUGUAUAGAUGAACGAAAGUUGGAAGAACAUGGUAUUAGCUCAUUGCAGCAAUUACUGUUCAAAGUCGGAGGGUGGCCUGUUAUUAUGGGAUCUAAUUGGAAUGAAUUAGACUUCCAAUGGACCGACACGAUUUAUAAAUUUCGUGAUUUAGGUAUGAGUGUAGAUUAUUUAAUAGAUAUAUCCAUAAAGGUGAAUCCUAAAGAUACUACCUCACACAUAAUUGAGUUAGAUCGAGCAACACUUAAUAUGAAUUCAUUAUAUUUAAAGCGAGGAAUAAAAGAUAAAAUGGUGAAUUCUUACUACCGUUAUAUGGUUGAUAUUGCAGUAGAGUUAGGUGCAGAAAAGCAAAUGGCAAAAGCUGAGCUACGAAGGGUUCUUGAUUUUGAAGUCAAAUUAGCAAGAAUUUCAUUAUUUCAGUCGCUUAAUGAAAUAAAAGAUUUUAUGAUCUCCGAAUCUAACAUUACAACGUUAACUAAUAGUUACCCUAAAGUUCCAUGGAAAGAGUACAUCAAUAGACUAAUUUGUAGAGCUGAUAAUAUAUGCGUUCAUGACAACCAAAAAAUUAUGGUAAUUAUGCCUAGCUACCUAACAGGUCUUGAAGUAUUACUCAAGUUUACACCUAAACGAGUACUGGCAAACUAUCUUAUAUGGCGAGCUGUAGAGUCAUCUGUAGCAUUUUCUAAUCGCAGAUUAAGAGAUCGACAGCUGUUAUUACAAGAAGAUUUAUUUGGAAGGAUAGCUCGUGGACCGCGAUGGGUUGAAUGCGUUAAUGUUGUUUCGUCUGUAGUAGAUUUGGCAGUCAGUUCCAUGUACGUAAAUAAUUUUUUUAACUUAAAGACUAAAAAGUCUUCUUCAAAAAUGGUUGAAAAUCUUCGCGAAGAAUUUUACCGAACUCUUACAAACGCUGAAUGGAUGGAUCCGAUAACAAAGAAAAACGCAUUAGAAAAAGCUGAGGCGAUAGAAGAAUUUGUGGCUUAUCCAGAUGAAUUAUUAGAUUACUCUAUUGUAGAUAAAUAUUAUUCGAAGGUUCAGUUAGAAGAUGACAGUGAUUAUUUUCGAUCUGUAUUACAGUUAAUCAAAUUACGUUGUGAUAAAAGUUUUGAAAAAUUACACACUCCAGUCAACAAGUCUGAUUGGAUAACUCAUGGUCAAGCGAUAACUGUCAAUGCAUUUUAUAAUUUAGUUGAAAAUAGUAUACAGCUUCCUGCAGGUGAACUAUUUCUGUAA